AUGCCGCAGAGAGCCUCAGGUGCUUUUGCCAUUCGACUGGACCCGCCUCACUGCGCGCAAGGAAGCUCUGGUGAAGUCGCAUUGGCCGCGGAAGUUGCGCAACUUCCGCUGUCGCAACUUGUCGAGUCCGGGCGCCUGGUCUGGGCCCCGAUGGCGGCAGAGGCUGAGGAGUUGGGAUACUGGUUGCUGCAAGUUGUGUCCGUGUCAGUGAGCGGACAUGGAAUCCUUCAGAACUGCACUGGCGAGCGUGGCUCUGGCUGCCUCGCAGCUGUAGAUACAGGGACGGGUGACGUCAUGGGUCCACAGGCCUCUGUGAACCGCCUGCUCGCCCUCUUGGAUGUGAAGGAAGACUGCGCCCUGGACAAGCUGCCAAGCAUUGAGUUCAAGAUUCAAGGUUUUGACGACAGGAUGCUGUCGCUGAGUCUGACAGCUGCCGACUACAUUGACAAAACAGACGGGUUUUGCGACGCCUCCAUAUCUGUGAUGGAUAUGCCUCCAGAGAAGCCCCAAGUGUGGGUGCUUGGGCAGCCGCUGUUGCGGAAAUAUGUGUCAGUGUAUGAUGUAAAGAACCGGAAAGUAGGAUUUGGCCUUGCCAGCCAUGUGCAAGGUGAUGAUACUUCUGGACCUAGUCCAGUGCAGGAUUUGCCGGAUGCCAACAGUUUCCUGCAAUCUGCACAGAAUUCGGGGUUCAAGGUCGUGAGUGAGCGGAAGAUGAGAUUGCGCGCCAGGGAUCGAGAGUAG